GCGAAGGGCAGAAGGAUGCGGGCGAGGCUGGCGGCGGGGCUGCUGGUGGCAGGGCUGGCGGCGCUGCUCCUGGACUGCUACAGCCCCGGCAGGUCCGCACCGCCCCCCAGCGCCGCCCGCGUCCGCCGCCCCCCAGCGCCGGAGCCGGCCCCCGGGGCCGAGGCUGCCCGCCUCUUCUGGAUCGCGCAGGUGUCUGAUAUUCAUAUCAGUAGGUUUCAGGAUCCCAAGCGAGUUCUUGAUUUUGAGAAGUUCUGUUCUGAAACAAUUAAUAUAAUUCAACCAGCACUUGUUCUAGUAACAGGUGACUUGACAGAUGCCAAAACAAAGGACAAGUUGGGGUCUGAGCAGAUUGAGGUAGAGUGGCAUACUUACCAGUCAGUCUUGAAGAGGUCACGGGUCAUGGAAAAAACCAAGUGGAUUGAUAUUAAGGGGAAUCAUGAUUCAUUCAACAUUCCACACCUAAAGAGCGCCCAAAAUUACUACAGGAAGUAUUCUGGCUGGCGUAAAGAUGGCUCUUUCCAUUAUAUCCACAGUACCCCUUUUGGGAACUAUUCAUUCAUCUGUUUGGAUGCCACCCUCAGCCCAGGUCCCAAGAGACCCUACAAUUUCUUUGGGAUCCUUAACACGAAUCAUAUGGAAGAGUUGUCAUCAAUGGCUGCAGAAAGUCGUCAUAGCAAUCAAACUAUCUGGUUUGGCCAUUACCCAACUUCAACAAUCAUCUCCCCAUCCCCAGGAAUAAGAACUCUAAUGAGUUCUGCUACAGCCUAUUUAUGUGGGCACCUCCAUACAUUGGGUGGGCUGAUGCCAGUCCUACAUAGUCGGCAUCCUCAUGGUACUCUGGAACUGGAGCUGGGAGACUGGAUGGAUAAUAGGAGGUACCGGCUUCUUGCAUUUGAUCAUGACCUUCUUAGCUUUGUAGAUCUGCACUUUGAGGAAUGGCCUGCAGUUCUCAUCACCAAUCCCAAGUCAUUACUUUAUAGCAGCCCUGCUCAUGAAGCAUUAACAAAAAUCCUUCACUCCACCCACAUCAGAAUUUUGGCCUUCUCUCCUGAUUUCAUCACUUUGGUCAAAGUCAGUAUAGACGGAGUUCAUUUGGGGGAUGCCCAUCAUGUGUCUGGCCCUCUCUAUGUACUGAAGUGGAAUCCCCAGAAUUACAGUGAAGGAUUCCAUCACAUAGAUGUGACAGUUCAGGAUGCUGCUGGAAAGAGUAGCACUCAAGGUCAUAUGUUUGCUAUGGGAGAAAAUCUGUCUCUCAAAUUUGGCUUCUUGUCCUCUUUCAUUCUCCUUACGGACCAUUACAUCUUGGCUCGAUUACUUUUUGGAGUGACUGUUGCAGUUCAGAUCUUCUUGCUCCUUGUUUUCAGAUAUCUUCAAAAGCCAACGCUGAAAGGACCUCCAGGAUUAGUAAUGUCGACCUCCUUUUCCCUUCAUGUCUUGAGCAAAACAAACACCUUCUACUACUCUGUUCUGAUACUAAGCUUAUACACGGUUUUGGGACCCUGGUUUGUGGGUGAGGUGAUUGAUGGCCAGAUAGGUGCCUGCUUUUCCUUUGGGGUAUUUGUUGGUGGCCACUUCCUGCAAGGCAGCUUGACAUUUGUAGUUGGUAUUUUACAGAUGGUGUUUUUUAACCUGCCCUUGAUGGCUUACCUGUGCUGGUGCCUGUUGCUGCGUUGUCAGGGUCUCAGCUUUCACUCCCAUAUCUACCAAGUCAGAUGUUUUUGGGCUGUGCCUGCCCACCUUGCCAUGGCACUCCUCCUGACCUGGCAGCUCUAUUCCUGUUACUUCCUGCAGCGGACCUAUGGGACUCUUGCUUUCUUCUUCUCCCCAAUGAAAACAUGGCUGGUGGUGCUGACCCUUGUUCUAAUAUGGAGAACCUGGACAUUGAGCACUUCUGAACUCAGAACUUAUAUAGUAGAAAUGAAAAACUGUCAGAGCUCUUGAUAUCUAAUCUAGGUAUUCGGAGGUCUUUUGAUUUACACUGAAAAGCUGUGAACUGUGGUUAUAUGUGGAUGGGUUUCUGUACAGCCUGAGCCGUUGGAUGUGCAGCAGUUUCUGGCUUGCUCCAGAACAGUGUGAUGAUAGGGUUUCCUGUGGUGUAUUGCUGACAAGUGCUUGAUUUACCUCCUGUGAAUGGAAGAAAAUCUUUGUAAUGUAUUAUUCUUGAUUUUUAAAACACUGGCAGAAUUGCAGGGUGGAUCUUUAUAGCAAGCCCUGAGAGCUGUGCUUCUGGUUUUUAUUUCAACAUUUACACAUGAUUCUACAAAACUAGUCUGUGAUGAAUGUCAACAUAGAGAGUAAUAAUGGUCACAGCCGUGGCCUUCACAGUAAGUAUUCUGUGGUAGGUACCAAUAUACUUCUUGAGGGUUUGAAUAGCUGAUAUACAGCAUUGUAAGUCACUUUAUAAAGUGCAUGUAUGUGUGCAUGAGCACCCUGAUUUAUUUUUUUAUUUCUUGGAAAAUAGUGAAGAGGCAGUGUUGUCUGUGAAUGUAAAGGGGUCACUUGUAUUCUGUCAACAGCAACUGUGCCCUGACUAGGAAAGGAGCUUUGCUGUUCAAGGGCUUCUCCAUGGCAGCCAAAGUGGGGAGUCAAAAAGAGAGAGAAGAGGAGUUGUGGACUGUCUGCAGAUAUAAAGUAUCUAGGCAGACUAGUAUUGUCUAAUAGGGCAGAUUUCAGAAUUAAACUCUUCUGAUCAUUGUCUAGCUGCAUUUCUACUGAGUAGAGGACAUGGUACUGUAAAGUUUGUAUCAUUUUUCAGGUUCAAUAUAAGAUUCCACAGUUUCCUGAGGUUAAAAGCCCUAUUUUUUCUUUGCACAAAAUAAAUUAUUUUUUGGCAUGCAGUAUUGGUAACAUACAGUUCUUUUUACUUCAAAAUAGUAUUGUUUUGGAGUAGGCGUGAGAGUACAGCAGUCUUUUGAAGUCAAGAGCAUCCUUUCUAAGCUGUUUAUUAGGAGAACACAGAACAGAAAUACAUGAAUUGAUCAAAGCAAGGGCCAGAUCAUGGAAAUGUGUUGUUAAGAUUCUUUAUGCAAUGCUAGCCGGUGAUUUGUCAGAUGGAGUGAUAAAUGCAUUUUAUGAUGUUUCAGUUACAAUAGAUCAGGUUUGUUGUUUGGUUGUUUUUUUUUAACUAUCUUUGCAUGGAGGGAGACCUUUUUAUAAUUCUUAAAUUCCAUUUGGACCUUUGGACAUUAUUAAAGUUAAUAAUUAUUAAAUUAAUUUAAGAUAACAUCGUUACAUAACAAAAAAUCUAUUUUCUGAGAGAUCACCCUUUAAAUGCUAUGUCCUGAAGUUGUUUUUAAAUUUCUUUUAAAAAUGUUUUUAUGCUCAUUGGUUUUUAUGAAGGGACUUUUCUGUCAGUCAGUGGACUGCACAUGAGGGGCUAUUCAAAUACACAAAGUAAACUGUGUAAGAUAGAGAAUUUCUCCUUACUAAUUAUCCUCAGUAAUUUGAUAUGUUAUGACAUUUUCCGAGGUAAAUACAACUUUCAGGUUGACUGUUUCUCUUAACGUGUAAAGGCAAGCUAAGGCUGCAGUGCUGCUUCCAUUUUAGUCUGUGUUCACUUACUGUCCUCAGUUUCAAACUAAAGCGUUCCUUGAUUCACCUCUGUCCAAAGAUAUUUCUUUCAAAAGUUUUGAGCAGAAGUAGUUGAGCUUAUUUUGAAUAUGGGUGAAGGAAUAAAUACUUUUCUCUUUUUAGAAAAGCCAUUGAAAGGCCUAUGUCAUGACCCAAGGGUAUGAUUUUGUGUGCUUUGGCACUGCAGAAUUAUUUCCCGCCACGAGGAGCUUUCUUUGCACGGUGCAAUUCUCAGUUGCAAAGAGAGAACCCCGGUGCAAAGGAGUUCCCGCCAUUCGCAUGCAAAUUUGUUCCCCACUAUUGGCUGUUUCUAAAUUAUUCCCACGUGGCGGCUAGCGAUUGGCUUGCUAGCCGUAUAAGAAGCUUGAGCGGUUUCCGCCCAAGUUGGAGGACUCCACAACCAUCUGGAAGAGGAGGAGAAGGAGGACUUCACAUCUUGUGAAGAACUCUAAGCGCUGCGGAGCCUAACAAACCCAGCAUGUGCCUUAAGAAGGAUAUAGGGGCCUGAUCAACCUCUAGCCUCUCCCCGUCGCCGCCUAGUCCCUCAACGAACCCUUCCCUGUGCGCUCGUUCCAUGGAGCCUAGCAAACUUUGUGUGUAUCCAGAGCUCUUUCCGGGUUAUUUCAAGAGGCUCGAGUUUUCUACGGGUCUUGUUCAAGCGAGUUUUGUAACUGCAACUUGAGCGAAGCUUUUCCCUGCCUGCACCGCGACCAUCUAUGGUGUAAGUAAAAUAAUCUUUAAUCAACUGCUACACGUCCGUGCCUAAUUCUAGUCCGCCAUCCUGCGCGCCCCCGAAAGCCUCGGACCGCUCCCGGCCCGCACAGCCUACAUCUGCCCAAGUUGAGAAUUGAAAGUUGAAAUGCAGCUUGGAAAGAGCCUUUGCUGAGAAGGGUUAUUUAGCAUGCCAAGGAAUACUGGUUGUUUGGUUGGUUCCCUGUAUUUCUGUGCCUUUUUGAGAAAUCGUGUUGUCUAACAAAACUUGCAUAGUAUGGCUGACACGCGCACAGCUCAUUUAACUACAGACUGGAAAAGAAAGGGAUGCAUCUGGUGAAUAUAGUCUUUACUAGUAAGAUGAAAAAGAGAUGAGAGCUUUGUGCUUCAGACCUGAUUCUGGAACCUUUGUGCAGAUUGAAUAGGCCCAGCAAAGCCCAGGAGAAUAAACCUGAAAAAACCCCUUUUGUAAGGUGAGCCAAGGGCUUCCAUGAAGCAGACUUUGGGAGGGCCUAGGAAGUGGGAAUAACUUCUCUUUUGUGCAGUUCGCAGAGAAGCAAUCCCAGUGGAAACAGACCCACCUCAGCUCCAUAGUUUUCAAAGCUUAGAGGAAAGGAGCCCCUGUUUUGUGACUUUUCUAAAUUGCAUGGGUAGAGGUGUACUAAAAGCGCUUUCCAAGCUAAAUCAUUUCUGGUUGUGGAGUUUACAUCUGCUGCUGUUACCUUUUCUCCAUGAAGUGUGGUGCUAGCUGCCUGUCUGUUUCCCUUUUGCACUUCUACAUCUUCCCUUGCUGUUUUAUUUAUUGACUGGAUAAGCCAAAAUUUCUUGUCUUGAAAAUAAACUGAGUAGAAAAGGA